AUGUCAAACUCGCCCAGCAACUUCGAAGCAGUUCGAUAUGAGCGACUUAAGAAAGUCUGCCGUAAAGCGCUAGAACAGCUGAUCAAAAAAUCAUUAUCAUUGGAGCAAAUAAAGAUGUGUUAUCCUACAAUAGCGAGUACCCCAGAAGGAGUUAAAUCGUUAGAAAUAGCUAGAUCUCAGGUUAUAAACUUCUGGCAUACAAAAUCAUUGGAGGAAUUUGAAUUCAUAUUUAAGGAAAGGGAAAUAGAAAGUAAGUUGAAUGAGCUAGAUGAAAUAAUUCAAACUGCUCAGUUUAGGAAACAGGAAAAUUUUGAGAAACCUGUACCGGUUGACAGCUUAAGUCCAAACGAGUUGAUAGAUUCUACGGUGCUUGUCGGAAAGACAAACUCGGUUGAGAGCCUUCUGAUGAUAUACAACCAAUUAUGCAUGGACAACGAAGAUUUACUUAAAUCUUUGAAAUCACUAGCAGAUGAAAGUGAAAUCAUUCGAAAUGAGGUGGUAGAACUGUUCUCGUCUUUAAAUAAAGAGGUUGAAACUCUUCGAAGCGAGGAUUCAAACAUUAAUUUUAAAGAACUAUUCGAAAGCUUUAUGAAAGUUGAUAAAUAG